ACUCGAUGCAGGGAACUGGCAGGUUAGAAUAGAUGAGUUCUUAGCGGUACAGCAUGCCACCCCGUGCCCCACUUCGGGCCGCAGCCCAGCCGAGCUUUUAAUGGGCCGAAAGCUACGAUGCGUUCUAGACAGACUGCAUCCUAAUUACUCCUCCGAUAGCUUCACCGGGGAAGGGGGAGGACUAAGACAUUUCGAAGUAGGAUCACCAGUUUUUGCUAGAAGCUACACCAAUGGGCCUUUAUGGGUAGAGGGAACCAUCGUAGGAAUUACCGGACCAAAGUCAUACACAGUUGAUAUAGGGCAUGGUAAAAUCUGGAGGAGACAUAUAGAUCAAUUGCGUAAAUGUUUACCAAACGAAAACUCAUGUCCUAACUAUCCAAGUCUUCCUGACACAGCUACCUCAAGCCCGAGUAAGCCGGAAUACUUAUCUGGCAACCCUGAGUUCCAGCGCCGCCCCAGCGAGCCGACACUCCCAGCCGGAGAUAGCCACACCUCCGGAGAAAUCCAGGAGGUUCUAUUGGCGGAGCCGGGAGAGGCGGGAGGUCCCUCCAACCAGCUCGAUGCCUCGCCAACAACUGAACUGCGCAGGUCAACCAGGAUUAAGACCCGCCCUGGUCACCUGCGUGAUUUUUUGCUGACCCCGGAAUCUGCAGCCAACCUGGAUCAGUGUUUAAGGCCUCCAAGGUGGGGAGAAGGCCGCAGCAAGCUCAAUCCUAGGGGUACUUUCCAUUGA